GUGGGGGCAGAGCAGCAGGCCAGGGUGGCCCAGAGAGUCAGGGUGGUGGUGACUGUGUGCGCGGCAUGGCCUCGGGGGAAUCCGUGGACCGGCUGCGCGACGAGGCCCGCUGCCCUGUGUGCUUGGACUUCCUGCAGGAGCCAGUCAGCGUGGACUGCGGCCACAGCUUUUGCCGCGCCUGCAUCUCUGAGCUGUGCGACAAGGCAGACAGCGCCCGCGGUGGCGUCUACGCCUGCCCCCAGUGCCGGGCCCCCUUCCGGCCCGCGAGCCUGCGGCCCAACCGGCAGCUGGCCGGGCUAGUGGACAGCGUGCGGCGCCUGGGGCUGGCGGCCAUCCCGGCGGGGGCGCGGCGGUGCGCUCGACACGGGGAGUCGCUGAGCCGCUUCUGCGAGGAGGACUGCUCUGCGCUGUGCUGGGUGUGCGCGGCCGCAGAGCACCGGGGCCACCGCUCAGCGCCGCUGCCCGAGGCGGCUGCACGCUACCAGGUGAAGCUCCGGCGGGCCCUGGAGCAUGUACGGAAGGAGCUGGAGGAGGCCUUGGCACAGGAGGCCAACGUGGGAAAGAAGACCGUCAUCUGGAAGGAGAAGGUAGAAGCACAGAGACAACGCUUCCGGCUGGAGUUUGAGAAGCACCGCGGCUACCUGGCCAUGGAGGAGCAACUGCAGCUGCGGGGGCUGGAGGAAGAGGAGCGGGCCACACUGCAGAGGCUGCGGGACAGCAAGAGCCGGCUGGCACAGCACAACAAGGCCCUGAAGGAGCUGGCCGAAGAGCUGGAACAGCGGUGUCGGAGCCCAGACCUUGACCUGCUGGAGGGAGUAGGAGGAGCCUUGAGCAGAGGUGAGGCUGUUGCCCCGCUGGAGCUGGAGACUGUGCCCAUGGAGCUGAGGACCCUGUGCCGCAUCCCGGGCUUGAGGGACAUGCUGAGGAGGUUCUGGGUGGACGUCAAGUUGGACCCUGCCACGGCGCACCCCAGCCUGCUGCUGACCGCCGACCUGCGCAGCGUCCAAGAUGGCGAGCACUGGAGGGCCGUCCCAGGCAACCCUGAGCGCUUCGACACGUGGCCAUGCGUGCUGGGCUUGCAGACCUUCUCCUCAGGGCGCCACUACUGGGAAGUGGCUGUGGGCGAGGGCGCCGAGUGGGGCCUGGGCGUGUGCCGGGACGCCGUUGCCCGAAAGGGGGAGCACACGCCGUCCCCUGAGCAUGGAGUCUGGGCCGUGUGGCUGCUGCGGGAAGACGAAUACCUGGUGCUGGCCUCGCCCCCGGUGCCCCGUGCGCGCCCGCGGCGGCCCCGCUGCGUGGGCGUGUUCCUGGACUACGAGGCGGGGGAAGUCUCCUUCUACGACGCGCCCGCCGGCGUGCACAUUUACACCUUCAGCCACCUGUUCUCAGGCGCGCUGCGGCCCUACUUCUUCGUCUGCGACAGGACUCCGCUGCUCCUGUGGCCCCUGAGGGACGUUGGCGCCGGGGUGGGGCCUGCCUGAGACCCGGGACCGUCCAGCCCUGGCUG